CUUGUUCACCAGAUUUGUCUUGAGUCCCCUGUGUAACAUACGCGAUUCCAUAUAGAUUGCGUUCAAAUAUAUACCCUUAGCCAGUAUUCGACGAACAGCAGCUUUUCAUGUGGAUAAGAGCAGAAUAGUCUCGGAGAAUUCUCAUUACAAACGCGGCGAGCAGUCGACGAACCACGAACUCAACCAUUUCCACUGGAAGCCAAUGCAAGCCAGUUCGAUAAUUUGCUUUUAUAUUCAGAGGGCGAUGGGUUAGAUGGUAGUGGUUCAGUGUGUAUCCAAUUCCCGGAGAUUCAAUCGGAAAGUACGCUAACCACUGUCGGCGAAAGGACAUCGAGCUUGCAUUGGAAGGAUAGCGUUGACGCAUUAUUGUCGGCCGUUCGAAAAUGACUUUGUAUUGAAUAUUCCCGAACAUUUUGUCUGAUCAGCGAAGCAUUUUGUUACAUGUAUAAUGUUGCAGCAAAGCAGAUGAGAUUUCAGGAUAUUUACAAUCUUUGGUCUAUUUGGGGUUAAGGUUCAUGGAUAACUGUGCAGACUAUUUGAUCUUUCCAUGCCAUACAUGCCAUUCUUAGACGUUCCCUACCGUAUAUCGGUUCUAAUGCAAUCCCGGCAAUUGCAGAGUCAGAGCAGAUCGAUUCUUGUGUACCCUGGGAUUCAACCAGACAGCCGAGUAUACGGUAAAGGUCACAUCGGCAGACAUAUCUAUAGUGACCAAGGUAUAGAAGGCUGCCAGGAAUACUAGGGAAAGGACCAGCCUCAUUAACAGGCUACGACAUUCUGUCGACGCUCCACUCCGAUUUAAGGUUCAACCGGAUUAUCGUGACCGUUUGGAUGCUAAAUUCAUAAGAAGGUCGGGGAUGCCGAGGGAUAUAUUCAUAGAGUUGGACAGCUGGUUUAGAAUCUGAACUGGAUGAGUGGACACAAAAACUGUUCCCUUUCGUUUCGUUUCGUCUCAGAUUUCUGCUCUGGCUUGUUCCUACAAAAAAGCGCCCGGAAAGUAGCUGUCAGUUAUGGACGCUGGAUCCAUAGGGGGCUACGCCAGGUCUGUUUCGAUGGUGUGUCUCAGUCAUUCAAGGGUUUCGCUAUGCUCUCAAGUAUGGUAAAACAGUCAAAGCUCUGCGUCCUUUCAUCGAUCUCUGUAUGACUUGUAUUCACAAGCUUGUAUGACUUGUACUCACACGCUUUCAUGCGACCUUUGAUUCAAACAAACGCAAAUGAGCUUUGAAACGAUGAUGAGAUUUAAACUGGAUUGGAUAACGAAGAAUGUGCGCCAUUGUCUGUGUGUCCUGCUGAAACAGAUGAUCGAAUGAAGAUGAAAUGGAAACAGUUUGUGGCCCAUUCUCUGCCACGAAGCUGGACUAAAUCCAAAAAGCGAACACCGCUGAAACAGCAAAAUGAAAAAAUCCUCAACGAGGACGAGCUAAAUCAAAACAUCACCAAAGACGCUGCGAACAUCGUCGAGGUUAACAAAUCACUCGUCACAGAUGACUUCUGCUACCUAGUUGAUGAUAAUACCAAUAACUUGAAACAAAAUUACAUUCUAGUCAAUAAUCUGAAUAUCAAUGAUCAAAGUUAUGAUAAAUGGACUUGUCAGAAACGCGUCAUAACAAACGAGACCUCGGACGAAAUUUCGAACGAGAAGAUAAAAAACGGAAAUAACCACGUGAUAUAUCACACAGUUCCGAAAACUUGCCCGUACAUUUAUAGUAAUGAUAGCGAGGAAGAUCGUUGCACCAAUAAUGACAAUAACACUAUUCCAAAAACUCGCAGUCGAAUAAAGACCAACCCGUGGCUCCCAUCUCCGAGGAUUACACCGAACCCCUCGCCAUCGCCAUCCUGCUCUACGUCAUCAUAUUCUUCACCGACAUCGUCUAGGUCAAGGUCACCGCACUCUACACGUUCAAGGUCAAGAUCAAGCUCCAUUGACAAAGCACCGCUCUCCACGUGCAGUGAGAAUGAUGAUUGUAGCUCGAAUGAUAUAUCUGUCACGAGUGAUGCCACCCUAGAUGUCGUCACCAACGAUAUCGUAAGCCAAAGCGAAGGCGAUCUGAAACAGUUAAAAUUGGUGGAUGGGGAUAUCUCGGUCUCAUUCGGUGAAAGCAAAACGUUCGGAUUUUACGAAUCAUUAGAUGAUCUUUUCUUCUUGCCUGAGAUUGAUCAGGGCCUGUGUGACAUAUCACCAUCAUCUGAGCCCUCAUUUGCCUACGAGGAGGCAUUUGAAUCGCAAGUAGAAAAUAUAAAAGACUUACCAAUGUCUCAUUCCAAUAUAAACUCUAAUUGUAGUUCCCUCGACCAGUUGUCAGGGGUCUAUCAAAAACCUUUACCGCAUGAGCAAACAUAUCGGAUAGAAACUAUUCCGACGCAUGAAUUCCACCAUUCGAUCAGUUUGGAAACCUCGGACGCGAAUCAUAACAUCAUCUCAAAAACUGAUGAUGAGUCAACUGCAAUACGUGGUGUAUACAGCGACACUGACAACCUAAGCGAAUAUGACAAUUUUGAGACCCCGCAAUGCGUUGCGGAACUGCAUCACAUUAACGACAUGAAUUUCAAAAAUGAAAACUUUGGUCACGAGGACAGCUUUGGUUACCACAGCAACGAAUACAGCGAAUCAGAAGACGAAUAUUAUAUCGAUGACGUAGAGAAUGAGGAUGGGAUUUUGGACGAGUCAACAACUGACCACCUGUUGGAUGGGAUGUUCCAAAAUACAGAGCAGGAACCAUUAAUUUCACCAUACCAGCCAGCGGAAAAUAAAAUGUUUGGUGUCUCAGCUAAUCAUGCUGUAUUUGACGCAUGCGCAAGAGAAAGUACAUUCGGUAAUGAUGAUAUUUACGGCGCAUGCGCAAACAUUCCGGCGGAACCAUGGCGGAGAUCGAUAGGGGAAAUCCAGGAAAGCAUUGGGGAGAAGGUGAUGCAAUUGCGCAAGGAUAAAAAUUUGGUGGAAGAAAAGAUCCGGCAAGCUCGAGAGGAGGAACGAAUAAGAAUGCAGGAGAAGCUGCGUUUCCAACAGCAAGUCACUCUUCAUCGUAAACAGAUGCUGCUUAGGACUCUGUCAGAUCUCCGCCGCCGACUGGAGGGGCAAUGCCAACGCCUUCAAGACACCUACAGUGGAGUGCUCUACAUGCAAAGGCACUCGGUCGCAAAUAGUCCACAUCACCGCCCCCAGGUGACCGUGGACUUCGGAAAGGAGGCGCCGUUUUGAUGUUGGUGAGGUCAGUGUGUACUUUGAACUUAGCAGUGUAAUACUUAUGAGUAUGUACGCGUUGUGAUUGUGUUCAUAACAUUUUGUGUGGCCAUUAGAUCAGUAUAGCAGCGAAUAUAUCGGUUGAUCUAAAAAAACGUACCGCUUUUUAAAGUACAAUUAUUCAAAUGCUCGUCAAACGGAAAUCAUUGAAAAGUUGCCCUCGUGUGGCCAUUGAUAUUAGUGUAUCUUAGGUUAUUCAUGUAGAGCUUUAUUAUAAAAAAGUACUCGUCAAUAUCAUUUCCGACGGAAUCGGUCCCAUUGUCUUUGCGAUGAUCUUUUGUUACUUGUCACCCAGAAUCAAUUUUAAUGACUGUCUGGGUUGAUAGUGUGCUGGUUCAUUAAUUAUUUAUCAAUGGUUUUAUGUACUUCUUCAGUCAAAUGUUUGGGAGUAAUUAAUGGAUACCUGCUCUUAGUGAUAGAGAUAAGUCAAUUAUUUAUUGUUACUCGAUAGACUACUCGAUCUGGGACUCCUUAUAUCGAAAAGGAUUAUCGGGGACUAUCUGAAAAAAGUGCAGUGAAGCGGAUCGAUUUAAAACGAAAAAUUGAGGCAAGUCCUUGGACGAAAGAAGAAGAAGCACUUCAAUCUGAAAAAAGUCUGCGUACCGUAGUUGAGGAGGAGUCACAUUGUGCUCCUACAUGUCAUACGUUGAGGAAGAAUGUAAAAUAAAUCUUACAUCUGGUGCAAUAAGGAGAUUGGACAUAACCAACUUCGCUAUAUACUCUUCAGUGAUCAAAGGAUAAAUUCUAUUCGUGAUCUAUCUUAAUGGUAGGUAGACGCCAAAGGUAAGAACUGUAUGUUAACAUUCCUGAAGGAGCAACCAUGGAAAACAUGUAUAUAUAUAUGUAUGUUUUUUCGUCCAUAAAGAGUAAAAGAAAAAAAAAACGGAAAAAAACUAGGGUAAGACCAUAUUCAAAGGGCAGGUUAGUUCGUUCAAUUCUUGAGUUUGAACUUUAAUUCUAGACACUAAAAAGUAUUCUCUGCCAAUGUUAGUGAGUAUUUUAAACUGAUUUCAGUGCGUAUUGCCUGUAGGGACAUGUUGUUUGCACACGGGUUUUAAACAGUUUACAACUGUUUCAUCACUGUGAAAAUAAAGGCAUUUGAGCUCUUGAAAAACUCUCGUUUUUUAUCCACCCGAUAUAUGAUAAUUAUAUAGCGUUGUGCUAAAUACCUGAAUAGUGAUAACUGUUUCAAAUUGUAAUUAAUAGCACUCUGUUUAAUGGUGUCGUUAUUCCUACGUGACCGUAAACAAUUUCUUGCGGGCUGUUUUUUUAUGAGAGUCGGUCGCACAUGUGCAGUUACAAUUGAUGACAUUUUGACUUCGUGAUAGGCUCACUUGCCAUACCGACUAAUUAGACUUUUCUUAAGAAAUUGCGACAGUUGUGUCUCUUACAAUUUUUAGUGUAACGCAUAUGUAUUAUUUGAUAUUUAGUGACGGUGUAUUAAAAAGUCGGAAAGGGUUAGAA